AUGGGUUUAGAUUGGAAAUCAAGAACAAAUACCUCCGGGUUCACUGGUAGAGGUCUUAGAGCAGCUGUCACUGUGACUUCUACUCUAGGUUUCUCUUUAUUCGGUUAUGAUCAAGGUCUUAUGUCUGGUUUAAUUACUGGUGAAGAGUUUAACUAUGAAUUCCCAGCUACAAAAGGUAAUCAAGUUAACCAAGGUGCCGUCACAGCUUGUUAUGAAAUUGGUUGUUUCUUUGGUGCUUUAUUUGCGAUGUUCAGAGGUGAUAAAAUUGGUAGAAGACCAUUAAUUAUCAUUGGUGCUUUCAUUAUUAUCAUUGGUACUAUUAUUUCCGUCACAGCUUUUAGAGAUGCUUGGGGUACUGGUCAAUUCGUUGUUGGUAGAGUUAUUACUGGUAUUGGUAAUGGUAUGAAUACUGCUACUAUUCCAGUUUGGCAAUCAGAAAUGUCAAGACCAGAAAAGAGAGGUAUGUUAGUUAACUUGGAAGGUUCAGUUAUUGCUAUUGGUACUUUUGUUGCUUACUGGGUUGAUUUUGGUAUGUCAUAUGUUGAAAACUCAUCACAAUGGAGAUUCCCAGUUGCUUUCCAAAUUUUCUUCGCUUUCUUCGUCAUGCUCUUUGCCCUUCAUUUACCAGAAUCACCAAGAUGGUUAUUAGGUAAAGGUAGAAGAGAUGAAGCUGUCUACAUUUUAGCUGCUUUGAACGGUGUUGGUAUGGAAGAUGAAGGUGUUCAAGAAGAAGCUGCUGCCAUUCAAGAUGGUGUUGAUAAAUUAUCUAAAUCUCAACUUUCAUUAAAAGAUGUUUUCACUGGUGGUAAAACUCAACAUUUCAGAAGAAUGUUGAUUGGUUCUUCUACUCAAUUUUUCCAACAAUUCACUGGUUGUAACGCUGCUAUCUAUUAUUCUACCGUUUUAUUCGAAGAAACUAUUGGUUUGAAAGGUAAAAUGCCAUUAAUAAUGGGUGGUGUUUUCUCCACUAUUUAUGCUUUAGCUACUAUUCCAUCAUUCCUUUUAAUUGAAAGAUUAGGUAGAAGAAACUUAUUCUUAAUCGGUGCUAUCGGUCAAGGUUGUUCAUUCAUGAUUACAUUUGGUUGUUUAGUUAAACAAACUGAAGAAACUGCUAAGGGUGCUGCUGUUGGUUUAUUCUUAUUCAUUGUUUUCUUUGCUUUCACCAUUUUACCAUUACCAUGGGUUUAUCCACCAGAAAUCAAUCCUUUAAGAACCAGAACUAUUGCUUCAGCUAUUUCCACAUGUACCAAUUGGUUAACAAAUUUUGCUGUUGUUAUGUUCACACCAGUUUUCAUUGGUUCCGCAGGUUGGGGUUGUUAUUUAUUCUUUGCAUGUUUGAACUUCCUUUUUGUUCCAAUUAUUUUCUUCUUCUACCCAGAAACUGCUGGUCGUUCAUUAGAAGAAGUUGAUAUUUUAUUUGCUAAAGCUCAUGUUGAAAAACAAUAUGUCUGGAGAGUUGCUCAAACUAUGCCAAAGAUGAACCAUAGAGAAGUUGAAAAAGCUGCUGUUGAAUUAGGUUUAUUCGAUGAAAUUGAAUUUGAAAAUGAUGGAUUCGAUGAUAAAGCUUCAGCUGAUAUUCCUGAUGCCGAAAAAGAAGGUACCUCAGGAACUGAUACCCCAAAUUCACAAGAUAAUGGUUUAUUUGCCAAAAAAGGUGAUGAUAAUGCUUAG